AUGACAUUACAGCCACCAAAACAGCAGAUCAUGAUUGAAAAUCUCUUUGAAGACUUUAAUAUCGAAAAAAAUCUUCUUCAUUCGACACCUUAUGAAUUAAUAAUUAUCGAUCCUUCAGGGAGUGACAUUCUCGCACGUCUUUCUUCAACAACUGUAGCCAUCAUCGGUGUUAACAUACCAAACACAGCACAACUCCUGUCUCAGUUACCUGGUUCAAUUAAAGUCAUCGUUAAAUAUGGUGUUGGUUAUGAAAAGGUUGAUGUAGAUGUAUGCCGACGUCGAGGUAUUGAAGUUUGCUAUACACCUGAUUAUGGUACAAAUACUGUAGCUGAUCAUACAGUUGCUCUUCUCUUCGCAGCUCAUCGUCGUCUAUUAACAUUUCAUAAGUCAAUUGUUGAAAAUCAUCAAUGGAAUUUUAAAGUGGGUGGUAAAUUGCACGAGCUGAAUGAAAUGACACUUGGUAUUAUUGGUUGUGGGCGAAUAGGAACAUGUUUUGCAAAUAAGAUUCGUCCUUUUGUCAAGCAAAUAUUGACACAUAAUUCGAAAAAUUCGACAACAAACACAUUAAACGAGAUUUUUGAAGAGUGUGAUAUUAUUUCAUUACAUAUUCCAAUGUCACCUAGCAAUCAUCAUAUUAUCUCCUCCGAUUCUAUUGCUCAGAUGAAACGUCGUCCAAUUUUAAUUAAUGUUAGUCGAGGCGAACUGAUCGACACGAAAGCACUUGUUCAAGCAUUGAAAAGUGGACAAAUAUCCUAUGCUGCUCUCGAUGUUAUCAAAGAUGAACCUAAUAUUGACGAAGAAUUGAUGAAACUUGAUAAUGUACUUAUCACACCUCAUGCAGCUUGGUAUACCGAAGAAUCAAAACGAGAUUUGCGAAUAAAGGCUAUGGAAGAGGUUCUACGAGUAUUGCGAGGUGAAAGACCGAUAUAUCCCAUUCCCACAUAA